UGAAAUAAGUAGUUCCAACGAAAAUAACGAACAAUCUGAACGAAAUAUCCUCCCUGUAAUAAAUAAAAUAACAACAACGUUACUAAGCAUCAUAAUGAAAUUCGCUUUGGCUUUAUUAUUUGUGUGCGCACUUGCCGGUUGUCAGGCUCAGUACGGACCUGGUGUUGGUAACCCAGGCAUGGGUAUGGGCAUGGGAAUGGGUAUGGGAAUGGGUAUGGCCAGUCCCUUUGGUGGCUUAUCGGCCGGAUAUUUCUUUCAAGUUGUAGUCUUGCAGACUGAGGCUGAAAAGCUGUUGUCUAAACCCGAUUUGCCUGAAGAUCUAAGACAACGCGUUUUGGAUAUUUUGAGCAAUUCCGGAGAGGCUUUCGAUAGCUGCAGCACUGUUGCACCAUUGCCUUGGUUGCAAAUUCGUUGUGCUAGCAUGCAAAUGAAAACAAUUAAAAAUCAAUUGAAAGCGAUUGAAACUGAAGCCACAGCUAGAGCCCAAUUAGCCGCAAGCGCUGGAACUGCGAAUGUGGUUUAAACUUGGAUUAUAUGAUAAAUGCAUGGACAUGGAUAAGGAUUCUCUAAGUGAUUAUGUUUUGGGCAAAAUGUCAUAAAUUUAAUUAGCGGAAAAUAAAAAUUAAAUAAAAAAAAAAAUUAAUUAUUUUUAAACAGCA